GAAAAAAUUGGAAAUCUUGUGACCCCUUCCCGCGAAAUAAAAGAAGUAGCAAGCAACGAAGCUUAUUAACAAGCGAAGAGAAAAACUAAUUGAUGAACUUUUCACUCCGACUCCGACUCGCAAGGUCUUAAUUCAAAUGACGGAGCUCAACGACUUACCUGAUUCCCUCAUCCAUCACAUACUCUCUUUUCUCAACACCAAAACCGCCGUUCAAACCUCCCUUCUCUCCCAAAGAUGGAACCAUCUCUGGAAACAGCUCCACACUCUUACACUCCAUUCUUCACAUUUUCAAACUCUCGACAUCUUCACCGAAUUCGUCUCUAGGGUUUUAUCUCUUCGCGAUUCCUCUAUUCCACUCCACUCUCUUGAUUUCGACCAAAACUCUUCCCCAAACCCUCACCUACUGGAAAGAAUUGUCACUUACGGCAUUUCACUAAAUGUCCAGCGAUUAUCACUUUCUGUUUCUCACCACAUUGCACAAUUUCCACCUGCCAUUUUUUCAUCUCACACUUUAACAAAUCUCAAGCUCGUUAGUCCUAACAAAAAUUUCGGCAAACAAACAUUAUUUCCAAAAUCUCUCAAUUUGCCAGCAUUAACCACUUUACAUGUGCAUAAUUUUGCUUUUUGCGUUGGCGAUCAUGGCUACGCCGAUCCGUUUUCAGCGCUAAACCGGUUGAAUACAUUGGUGAUUUCAUGUUGUACAUUGCUGGGUACCAUGAUGUUCUGGGUGUCAAGUACCACGCUCGUCCAUUUAACUAUGCAUAACAACUCCCCACAGUAUUUCGAAAUCAAGUUAUGUACUCCCAGUCUUUGUACCUUUGCUUUUACGGGGACUCUGAUGCAGUAUUUCUCCGACAACAGUUUUUCUUUGGUUAAACAUGUGGAUAUUGAUGCAGACCUCUUUUUAUAUCAUUGGAAUCCUGUUUUGUUUCAAUGCUGUUUGGUGCAGGCUCAUUCGUUUCUACUCCGCUCACUGCUAGAUUUUACGGAUGUAACAUCGUUGACAGUCUCAACAACUACUCUUCAGGCUAUCUCCUUAUAUCCCAAUGUAUUAAAGCUCAAUCAUUAUGUCUUGAGCAAGUUGAAGUUGUUGAAAGUUAAGAAGAAACCUCUUCAAUAUGAAUUUCGUAUGUCACUUUUGGAGGCAAAGUUAUCGAGAGUUAAGACGGAGGAAGAGGCAGAUGAAUUAAGAAAAGCAUUUGAAGAAGGAUUGGAACCAUCUCCACCCAUACCGGAAGGAAUUGUGGACUUUCUGAUUCAAAACUCGCCAUUGGCUCAAGUUGAAAUCAUAGAUUGCUCAAUGGAAAAACCACACUCAACUUCUUAAAGAGAGAUUGUUAUGAUUGGUUUAUCGUUUUUGUUUGCUUCUCUGUUUCUGUUUGCAUCGGUUAACAAAAGAAUAGAAAGAACGAAGCCCGAGUAACUGAGAUAAGUAUUUGUUUAGGACUUGAUGAGUAACUCCUUUAAUCAAUGCAUAGAUAAUUUGUUUGUGGUUCUGGUUAAGUCAUUGUUUUUUUUUAUGUUUGUUUUAUUUUAUUUGACAGAAUUAUGAUUGUUUUUUGUGUUUGUUAUUCACUUUAAAUACCGGUGAUGUUAAAGGUAGAUAUACCUAACUCUUAAUUAAGAAUCCCAAGGAAGAUAGAAGGACAUAUUGGUCUCUAAUUCCAUCCAAUAUUCAAUAUUUCACUUAGAUUGGAUGGACCCUUUAUUUUAGCAUAAGUUUAGUGACAUUUGUUUUAUGUGAAAGUAUAAUAUUUCAGGUUGGGGUUAUUUCAGUGUUGUUCUUCAUGUGGAUCUCUUGAACCAAUUAUGAGACGAUUAGGAAAGAUUGGUUAGAACUGAAUCCAACAAUCAAAUGAAGUGGUGAUUCAUGCUAUUGGUAAUGAUGUAGGUACUUUGUAUAGUUUAGAGGUGAUAGAUCAACACUUUCUACAUUAUUUUCAGUCAUGCAAAUCAAUGUAAUUACAAUACCAUGGUGCAAGACUGUAUUCCGCUACUGAUUACUAUGGAAGACGAUGCUAUGCUAACACAGGUUCCAUCAGGUGGCACAUACGUUAGAAGACAUUAACAAACUAAAGGCAUAUUA